AUGGCUGAGCGGGAAGGUCGCUACCGGCGCGAUGCCGCGUCCGCCGGCCCCGAUGACGAUGAUGACGACUCUUUCAGCGACAGCUUGUCUCCGAGCCCGCCGCCUGUCAAGAAGAGACGCAGUCCGCCACGCGACCGCCCUGCGCCGGUGCCAAUGCCGGUGCCAAUGCCGGUGCCGAUGCCGGCGCCGGAGCCCGAUGUGCGCGAGAGGCUACGCGCAGAGGAGGACAAGUUUCGGAGGAGUCCUCUUGUCGGGGGCGGCUCGAGAAUGGAUGCUGCCAGUCCGAGGGUGGACCGCUACUCACCGCGUGUUGAUGGACGCAGGGAAAGCCGCGCCGACGGUAGGAGGGAGAGCAGGCUUGCCGGUGCCGAAAGUCGACUCGAUGGACGAGACAGUCGGAUGGAUGGCCGCGAUAGUCGGGUCGAUGGAGGGCAUCGGGACUCGAGGAGAGACAGCCAGCGCGAGCGGGAUCGCGACCGCGACCGGGAUCGCGAGAGGGACAGGGACAGAGAAAGCCCGCCGCCAUUUUCGACCAAGAGGCAAAGCAUUACGGAUCGUCUGAGGAACUCAUGGAAUGCCCGUAAGGAUGGUGCCCGCGACACGCCUCCCCCGCCCAACGCCUCCCUCAACAGGCCGCCCUCGCGAAUGCAUUCGCGCCGGUCCUCGAGUGCCGCUGCACCCUCUCCUCCAGGACCUUCCUCCCAGCGACCGAGUCCCAUCGCCAAGGUCCGCGAGUGGCUCGACACCUGCAACGGCGACCAUGGGACACACUGCCACGGCGAUCCAGGCGGGCCGGCAGCGCCUCACUCGGAUUCAGAGGACUCAGACCAAGAGUCUGUCCUGCCGCCGCGAGGACCAGGCGGGCCGCCUACAUACAGGCCCAUCUGGCUCAUUGACGCUGUCAGCCGCCGCCUUGUGCGGGCUCGCGCCCAGGACCGUUACAUCGCCCUGAGCUACGUCUACGAGAAGACGCCCGCGCAGACCGCUGCCUCUGCCCACCGCCCCCGCGACGCGCGUCGGGAAAACGUGGACAUGUUGACCGCCACGAUCGAUGAUGCUUCAAUGCCCCAAGCCAUUGCAGAUGCAAUCUGGCUCACCCGCAAGUUGGGUAUCCACCACCUCUGGGUCGACCGUUUCUGCAUCGUGCAGGACGACGACCUGGAAAGGGAGGAAUAUCUUCGCAACAUGGCAUACGUUUUUGCCAAUGCCUACCUUGUCGUCGUGGCUGCUGCCGGCGAGGAUGCUGAUACGGGCCUCAGCGCCCUCGUCCGUCCUGGCGGAAAGGCGCCGCCGCCUGUGCCCAAGGCUGCCUUGGGCCCACCAGGCCGCAAAGGCCACGAGGACAUGCUCAUGGACACACGCUGGCGUGACCGUUGCUGGACCAUGCAGGAAGGCUUCUAUGGCCGGCGUGCCUUGUUUGUCUUCCAAGAUACCAUGACUUGGGAGUGUCACUGCGACACGUGGAACAUGGCUGGUGAAGGGCCCAUAGCUGCUGCCGCGGCCUCGCCUGCCGUGGCCAAAGUGCCUGGCCUGCAGCGCAUGCUCAGCUUGCGCUCAUCGUCUGCUCCCAGUGGCCCGGCACGCCACCUUCACCGUAAGUGCACAGCUCGCGUGUACCCGGCUGCGCUAGCGUUCCGUCACACGCCUUGGCCUGAUCUGGACGAGUACGCUCGCAUAUGCAUGGACUUUUCUGCCCGGCGCCUCGGCAAUAUCCAAGAUACCCCAGAUGCCUUCCGCGGCUUCACCACGGUUCUGGCACGUACCUUUGCUGGCGGUUUCGUCUGCGGCAUGCCGGGUCCUCUUUCUCGACGCCGCCCUUCUCUGGCGGCCUGCCGCCACCAUACGUCGACGUCAGCUGGUUCCCACCAUGUCCUCCGGCGGCAUGCCGCCAGUCCCCAGCUGGAGCUGGCUGGGCUGGUUCUUCGAUGGUGCGGCAGCCGACAUGACACUCUGGCGGGCGGCCGCUGA